AUGGCAGCACAUUCAACAAUUCCUACGACAACGAUUUCACCAGGCUCACAUGAUCUAAAAGAUAAGCCUAAAAAAUGGCAUAUUAGAGAUGAUCCGAUUACAUGGUCGAAUUGGUAUAAACACAUCAAUUGGUUACAUACACCAUUACUCAUUUCUAUACCAUUAGGAGGUUUCUAUGGGUUAUUCACAACUCCCAUUACGAUGUAUACUGCAAUUUGGUCUGUCAUUUAUUAUUUUGUUACCGGAUUAGGUAUCACUGCUGGACAUCACAGGUUAUGGGCUCACCGUGCAUAUAAAGCGUCUCGACCAUUUGAAAUAUUCUUAAUUUUUGCAUCAUCUGGUGCAGUAGAAGGUUCAAUUCGUUGGUGGGUCCGUGAUCAUCGAGCUCACCAUCGAUACACGGACACUGAUAAAGAUCCUUAUAAUGCCCAUAAAGGUUUAUUUUAUUCACAUCUAGGUUGGAUGAUAUUAAGACAAAAUCCAAACGCUAUUGGACGAGCUGAUAUAUCUGAUUUAAAUGCCGACCCAAUGAUAAGAUUUCAACAUAAAUAUUAUGGUUUAUUUGCUAUUGUUAUGGGUUUCGUGCUUCCUACCCUUGUAGCUGGUUUAGGUUGGGGUGAUUAUUGGGGAGGAUUUUAUUACGCAGCAUUACUUCGUAUGACGUUCGUACAUCAUGCAACGUUUUGCGUAAAUUCAUUAGCACAUUAUUUAGGAGAUACAACUUUUGAUGAUCGACAUUCUCCUCGUGAUCAUUUUAUAACAGCGUUAUUAUCACUUGGUGAAGGAUAUCAUAAUUUUCAUCAUGAAUUUCCACAUGAUUAUCGUAAUGCUAUUAGAUUUUAUCAAUACGAUCCAACUAAAUGGUUAAUUAGAUCUUUAUCAUAUCUUGGAUUAACUUAUCAUUUGAAAAAAUUUCCUGAAAAUGAAAUUACAAAAGGUAAAAUUUUUAUGAAACAAAAGAAAUUGGAUGAAGAAAAAUUAAAGGUUAAUUGGGGUAAAGAAAUUUCUAAGCUACCUGUUUUCACAUUUGAAGAAUUUCAAGAAGCAGCUAAAAUAAAUAAUUGGAUUUGUAUAGAAGGUAUCAUUCAUGACGUUUCACCAUUUUUCGAUGAACAUCCUGGUGGUCGUUCGUUAUUAACUACUUCAAUAGGUAAAGAUAUGACAACUGCUUUUAACGGAGGUGUUUAUGAUCAUUCUAAUGCUGCUAGAAAUUUAAUGGCGACUUUUAGAGUUGGUGUUAUUGCUGGUGGUGGAGAAGUUGAACUUAGGAAAUCAAAAUAA